GCGACAGGGCGGGGCUAUUACCAUGGCAACCCGCGCGCAGCUCCGGCAGCUCUGCCCGGCGGGAAGUGCGGGAGCUGUGGCGCUGGCGACGGGAGGGGCUCUGAGCGCCGAGGGGCCCGGGCGGCCGGCGCCCCUGCAGGACGAGACCCUGGGCGUGGCGUCUGUGCCCUCGCAGUGGAGGGGCGUCCAGGGCAUCCGCCGGGAGACGAAAAGUUGCCAGACAGCGAGCAUUGCCACCGCCGAGAAGGCGGCCCAGACCCGGAAGCACGUGGAUGCUGAGGUGCAGACGGAGGCCCCCGUGCCAGUCAGCGCGCCGUCCGUGUCCCCGCACGAUGACCCCCGGCUUGCAGCCUUUCUUCGGAGGGUGGAGGCCAUGGUUAUUCGGGAGCUGAACAAGAACUGGCAGAGCCAUGCUUUUGAUGGCUUCGAGGUGAACUGGACUGAGCAGCAGCCAACGGUGACCUGUUUACACACCCUGGGCUACCCCCCAGCCCAAGGGGAGGGUCUGCACGUGACCAGUGUCUCCUGGAAUACCACUGGGUCUGUGGUGGCCUGUGCCUAUGGCCGGUUGGACGACGGGGACUGGAGCACGCUCAAGUCCUUCGUGUGUGCCUGGAACCUGGACAGGCGAGGCCUAAACCCCCGGCAGCCGUCGGCAGUGGUGGAGGUGCCCAGCGCUGUCAUGUGCCUGGCCUUCCACCCAGCACAGCCAUCCUACAUCGCCGGUGGGCUGUACAGUGGUGAGGUGCUGGUAUGGGACAUGAGCCACCCCGAGGACCCGCUGCUCUGGAGAACGGGCCUGACAGAUGACACACACACAGACCCCGUGUACCAGGUGGUUUGGCUGCCUGAGCCCCGGCACAGCCACCGCUUCCAGGUGCUGAGCGUGGCCACGGACGGGAAGGUGCUGCUCUGGCAGGGGGUCGGGGCGGGCCGGCUGCAGCUUACGGAGGGCUUCGCCCUGGUUGUGCAGCAGCUCCCGAAGAACACCAAGCUAAAGAAGCCUCCCCGGGGAGAGACUGAGAUCGGUGCCACAGCGGUGGCCUUCUCCAGCUUUGACCCUAGCCUUUUUGUCCUGGGCACGGAAGGCGGCUUCCCACUCCAGUGUUCACUGGCAGCGGAAGAGGCGGCCCUCACCCGGAUGCCUAGCUCUGUGCCCCUGCGGGCCCCGGCACAGCUGACCUUCUCUCCCCACGGCGGUCCCAUCUAUUCCGUGAGCUGCUCCCCCUUCCACAGGAAUCUCUUCCUGAGCGCGGGGACCGAUGGCCAUAUCCACCUGUACUCCCUGUUGCAGGCCCAGCCCCUGGCCUCCCUGCAGCUGUCCCACAAGUAUCUGUUUGCCGUGCGCUGGUCGCCAGUGCGCCCCCUGGUGUUUGCAGCUGCUUCUGGGGAAGGUGACGUGCAGCUAUUUGACCUCCAGAAAAGCUCCCAGAAACCCACAGUUUCAAUCAAGCAAACCCAGGAUGAAAGCCCGGUCUACUGUCUGGAAUUUAAUCACCAGCAGACUCAGCUCCUGGCCGCAGGCGAUGCCAAGGGCACGGUAAAGGUGUGGCAGCUGAGCACCGAGUUCACAGAACAAGGGCCCCGGGAGACCGAGGACUUGGAGCAGCUGGCAGCCGAGGUGGCCACCUGAGGACAGCGCAAGGACAGCAGGGCCCUGCAGGUGGGGGCAGGUCUGGCGAGGCCACACCUGUGCCGCUCUGCGGGGGGCUCUCAUGGAAGCUGAAUGAAGGGGUCUCAGAUCUC